CUAGUCCGCGAUCGAGUAUCGCCUCCUCCAACGCGCGGGCAUCAUUGAGCAGGUCUCCUUAUAUUGAACACCCAGAGGUGCCGGGGCCGGGAGAGGGGAUAGUUCGUCGAACCGAACCCACAAAGAUCUAGCUAGCCAUCCUCUGGGCAGGACUGGUCACCAUGCACCCAUACCCUCCUCAGAACCAACCGGCUCACAGCUUACAACACGACCUCCAUCCUCAACUCCCUCUUCCGCCAGCAUCUUCAUACCCGCCCCCACCUCCCGUCUCGCAGCUGCCCUCAAUGUCUGCGCCGCCGGCCGCUGGCUACGGCGAUCCUUAUGGCCAGCCGCCUGCGCCCCUUGUCGAACCAGUGCCGACCUCGACAUCUCCCGUCCAAGAGACCAAGACCGCAGAGCAACAGGCGCUUUCACGCGAGAACCUUAAGCCUUACUCGACCACCGAUGGCACACGGAGAUAUGCUCUGGAUGUUGUGCAACAGCCGCAACGGGCGCGCAUGUGUGGCUUCGGAGACAAGGAUCGUCGGCCCAUUACUCCGCCUCCAUGCGUUCGCCUGAUCAUAACCGACGUCCAUACGGGGAAGGAGGUGGACUGCAACGAGAUUGAACAUACCAUGUAUGUUCUGAAUGUCGAUCUGUGGUCAGAGGACGCGACCAAGGAGGUCAACCUAGUCCGUCACACGACUGCGACCCCGUCCAUAUCGUCGACCACCCCUGCUUCGUUCGCCACCCUAGAACAUGCCACUCCGGCAUACGCGCAUAUUCUCCCGUCUAAUCGUCAAGAGUAUGGUGGUCAGAUGCCGCCGUCCUACCAUUCCCCUGCGGUAAACACUUACGUGCAGCAGGGAUAUUCUGGUGGAUAUAUGCAGGCCAACGGUUACUCUCCUGCAAACCAAUACUUCCCCGGCGAGUUUCAGCAGCCCGUCCCUCACCUGCCGUCUCAAGGGGGAGUGUCCUAUGGGCCCCCACGGGUGUAUGAUCCCAUGGCGAUGACCCAACGCCUCUCCUUAUCAGGCACUCAGCCGCAGGGGAUGUUCACCCGAAAUCUCAUCGGAAGCCUCGCGGCCAGCGCCUUCCGCCUGACCGACCCAUCGGAUAGGAUAGGAAUCUGGUUCAUUCUGCAAGAUCUUAGUGUUCGGACCGAAGGUCUCUUCAGGCUGCGAUUCUCCUUUGUAAACGUCGGACCGCCAUCUUCUGCUCUCAACGGACAGCAAGGCAACUCGAGUUCCAUCGUCAACACUGGAAAAGCCCCAGUCCUUGCCUCCUGUUUCAGCGACGUCUUCCAGGUGUACUCGGCCAAGAAAUUCCCCGGCGUCUGCGAGAGCACCGGACUGAGCAAAUGUUUCGCAACGCAGGGCAUCAAAAUCCCUAUCCGAAAGGAGGGGGCUAACGCCAAAGGCGGGAACCAGGACGAUGAUGACUACGACUGAAGGAAUUGCGGUUUAACCGUCGUCGGAUUCGGGCUUCGUUCUGCCAAUCCGAUCAGCUAGUACCAACAAUCACUUUGUUUUCAUCUUGGAGCUUUGGACAACAACGGUCGUUGGCAUUGACC